AAGGACUCCGUCCUCCCGUCCCCAUCUUUUUGUUGUCUCUUCAUUUCUCAGCCUCGCCCCCUAACUCCAGGUGCCGCACGUCGCCGGCUGGCUCCGGCAGGGAAGUAGAUGAUUCACAUCUCCACAGAGAUUUAAGUAUUAAUGUGUCCACAUUACCAAGGGUGGACUAUAGGUAAGACAUAACAAACACUAAGCAACAGUGGAUGGUGGAGAACAGAAUGAACCACUGAAUGAGAUGGCCAUGAGGAAAGGCUUGGAGGAGACACCUUCUCCCUACCAUGUGACCCAUCAGAACUGACAUGGGGAGAUGAGGGUGGUAUUGUCAGUGUGGGAAAGCUCUUUAGGGUUGCUAAGGAUAUCUUCCUUUUCUCUCACAAGGGUGUCUUGGCCUCCCCAGCAUCGCCCCUCCCCUCACCCUGAUGUCGGGUUGGUGCCUUGUGAUGUCAGAGCCCCUUCCCCCAGGGCUCCCAUUGGCUGGGGAAUGGCUUGGUGACCAAACAAAGCUCAGGGGUGUGGCCUGGCCCUAGCUCUGGGGAGGGUAUAUAUAGGGAGGUCAAGAGGCCUGGGUAGACCACUGGGAAGCACUGACAUGGCGAAGAUGACCAGAAAACAACAGGCCUCCAGCACUGUCACUGAACAACCAACUGCAAAUGUCAAAGCAGGGAAAGGGGGGAGGAAGAGGAAGGCCCCUCGUCAACCCAGGUCCAGAGGCAGCUUCAAGGUGCCCAAGGUAACCAGGAAGGCAAAAGGACCCCUUCGAGGGACUUUGAGGAGAAAGGCUUCUCCCAAAAUGACCACCCCUUCAAUUAAACCUAAGAAGAGAAGAGGGCUGACUCUAUUCGGCCAUUAUCACCGGCUGAACGAGGAGCUCAGUCAAAAUGAGCCAGAGCAGGCCCCAGAGAGCGGGGGGAGCUCCACCACCUCAAGUGUCACCCUCAGCAGCCAGUAACUUCGGAGUGAGGCCAACGACCUCAGACCUAUCUGCGAAGUCUCCGGAGGUCUGGCUGCUGGGACAUGGCAAACCGUGUGGACAAGGAAUUUUUCACUAACUGGGUACACCGUGGAGAUGAAAAUAAAACCAACCACUUGUGAAAUGA